AUGACGGAAAAAUGGGUGCACGAAUAUUUCGAUCGCAAGUCCUCCGAAUGGAAUAUUAUAGGUUUUCUUGACGAAUGCGAUGACGCACCAUCAUUCCCUGAUAAGCUCGGAUAUUACCUCACUUCUCUCCAGGCCAUAUUAGAAAUGAGAGUGGCAAAAGAUACGAAAAAGCAUUGGAAUUGUUCAAAAAGGACCUCUAAGAUCUCUGUCAUUCAAGUCUCUAUGUCGAGCCACGAAGCUAGUGCUGGGGCACAGAUGACCUCUAAGAUUGGUACUCGGCCUGAUCGCCAGCUAUCAAAAGAUUGGAAAUUGCGGAAAAGUAAAAAGACCGCUACCACCUCAGUACACUUACACCAUCCAUCAUUUACGGGUAGCUCCCUAGGAAUUGGAACAGUCAAUGGUGGAAUGUUUAAUUAUGGAUCGUCCGCAUCGAAAAAAAGAGAUCAGGAAGAGGAUGAUUCUGAAGAAACAUCUUUCAAAAAAAGUCGCCAAGACACUGGGGAUAUACACAUUACACCACUACCGCAUUCAAUAUCAACUGAAUCUGUAGAAAUCAUUGAUGACUUGGAAGGUGAAAGCGAAGUGGAGUCAAUUGACAUCAAACAAGGUGAAGAAAUCAGGAGGCUUUCACAGGAUGAGGUUAACAUUCGUAAUAAAUUACUUGCGAUUUUGACCACACAACAAAAAAAAGAUAAGAAAUCUGGAAAAGAUUGUGUAUCAUCUAUAUCUCUCAAUCAUAUUAUCGAUUUAUCAAAUAAUGAAGUGUUUAAAAAAGUUAAUAGUACAUUAAAUGAAAGUCAAAUCGAAUGGCUCAAUAUGGUUCUUCAAAGAAAAUCCUGGAAAAAAACAGGUGAAUUUCAACAGUAUAUAAGUCAAUUCACUGAGGAUUUAUGUGAUAGAAUAAACAUUCCAAUUCUGGUCCGGGAGUCAUUUGUUCCGAAGGGAUCAUUUAAUUCUUAUCGUCAUGAAGCUCAUGAUAUUGCACAACAAAUUUUAACGCAUUUUUCCAUCCGCCUGGAAGCACCAAUAAGGGUUGAAUCCAAUAGCCUUGACCUUGAAAGAACAUAUGCGAUAGACACCACUGUAUACAUUCUAAAUCGAUUAUUUAGAAUACAUCAAGAUGUAGUGGACAUCGGAUGGAUUGAGCUGACCACUCCUGAAACAAAAAAGCACAAGAUUGAUGGACUUUUCAAAGUGAUUAAGGCGAGACAAAAAAAUCAAGCCAUAAUAAUUGUCGAGUUUUCAUUUGGUAGAAGAGCACCUUUAACAAAAGAAGAUGGUGAUCAGGUUAAAUUAUGUCGAAAUUCAAUGCGAAUUUUAAAUAGGUUACUACAAUGUGUACCUAAGGACAAAGCGCGCGUAUAUCUGGUACAAGCUGUCAACGGUUACAUCAUCAUCAAGUAUCUAGUUCGUUCCUUACCAUCAAUAUAUAUUCUUCAACAAUUCACGCGUAUUAAAAUACCUGUAUCCUUUGACGAUUUUGAACAGUUCGCAAAAGAUAUAGCGGACUUGAUGAGUUGGCAGGUUGAUGUGUUGUCAACGAUUAAAGCAAUUAAUAAAGAAUCAACUGGAGAUAACAAUAUUCAUAUAACUUCAGUUCAGGAUACACCAGCAAAGAAAACGAAUAAUAAAAAUCAAUCUUUGUUUAAAUCCUCAUCUCCCGAUUCCUCAACUCCCAGUUCUCCAUCUCCCGGUUCCAAAUCGUCAGGUCAUGAUUUAAUGCGUCAUCUGGAUUCACCAGUUCAUGAAAAAAUUGAUUUAAACGAUUUAGAAAAUACCUUAUUUAGGAAAAAAAAAACAAAAAAUUGA